AUGGACUUGGAAACUGCAGUUGAAUAUCUUCCACUCUUUCUUUCCUUUCAGACUACAUUUUGCUCUAUUCCAGUGCCUGAUGACCUCUCCAUAGAAGAAAGAGAAGAGCUUUUAAAUAUUCGUCGCAGGAAAAAAGAACUGAUUGAUGAUAUUGAGAGAUUAAAAUUUGAAAUUGCUGAGGUUAUGACAGAAAUUGAUAAUCUUAACAGUGUAGAAGAAAGCAAAACUACACAAAGAAAUAAGCAAAUAGCCAUGGGAAGGAAGAAAUUCAACAUGGACCCUAAGAAGGGAAUACAGUUUCUGAUAGAAAAUGACCUCCUGCAGAACACUGCAGAAGACAUUGCACAGUUCCUUUAUAAAGGAGAAGGAUUAAAUAAAACAGUAAUUGGAGAUUACCUCGGUGAAAGAGAUGAAUUUAAUAUUAAAGUUCUUCAGGCUUUUGUUGAACUCCAUGAGUUCGCUGAUCUCAAUCUUGUACAAGCCUUAAGGCAGUUUCUGUGGAGCUUCAGACUCCCAGGAGAGGCUCAAAAAAUUGAUCGUAUGAUGGAGGCUUUUGCUUCACGCUAUUGCCUUUGUAACCCAGGAGUCUUCCAGUCUACAGAUACAUGCUAUGUGCUGUCAUUUGCGAUCAUUAUGUUAAAUACCAGUCUGCACAACCACAAUGUAAGAGAUAAACCAACAGUAGAGAGGUUUAUUUCUAUGAAUCGUGGAAUUAAUGAAGGCGGAGACCUUCCAGAAGAAUUGCUACGGAAUUUAUAUGAAAGUAUUAAGAAUGAGCCGUUUAAAAUUCCAGAGGAUGAUGGAAAUGAUCUAACGCAUACAUUUUUUAAUCCAGAUAGAGAAGGUUGGCUGCUGAAAUUAGGGGGAAGAGUAAAAACGUGGAAACGGAGAUGGUUUAUUCUGACUGAUAAUUGCCUGUAUUACUUUGAAUACACAACAGACAAAGAACCCAGAGGAAUUAUUCCGUUAGAAAAUCUUAGCAUAAGAGAAGUUGAAGACCCUAGAAAACCAAACUGCUUUGAGCUCUAUAACCCCAGUCAUAAAGGUCAAGUAAUUAAAGCGUGUAAAACUGAAGCUGAUGGUAGAGUGGUGGAAGGCAACCAUGUAGUGUAUAGAAUAUCUGCUCCCACCCCAGAAGAAAAGGAAGAGUGGAUUAAAUCUAUCAAAGCAAGUAUCAGCAGGGAUCCCUUUUAUGAUAUGCUGGCAACAAGGAAACGAAGAAUUGCAAAUAAGAAAUAGAACAUGAUCAGCAACUUUGUAUACCUGCAUCAACCUAUACAUGAGCAUACAGUUGAGUGAUAAUGUAAAAAUUGGACAAACUAAAUGAAGACAAUAACUGUAAAUUUUAUAUAUAUACACUUUACUAUGACAUAAAAACUUGGCAAGACCUUUCAGGGUAAAUAGUUAUUGGCAUAUAAUUUGAAGUAAGCUUCAAAUCCCAGAGGAUGAUUAUAUUGGUACUUAAUUCAACUGAAAACAUGGAAGCCUUGUUUUCACUUAUAUUAGUCACAACUCCAGUUUACUUGGGUUGGGAGGAAAGGAAUUCAAGGCUAAUAGUAAAAUCUCCUAUACUGGUUAUUUGAGCGCAUUUCCCAUAAAAGGAGGAGUGAUUAUAAGACUUUCAUCUCCCACUAAAACGCAGCACCAGAAGUGGAGUACAGUGUGAUCUAGCACUUAAUUUUUCUGAAAACCCACGAUCUCGAUAUCGGUUUUCAGGUCUUGUGUGUUUCGCAGUAAAUGAACAGCUGAGUGGAGCUUUCCUUUAGGAUUCGCUCUCCUACCUUUAUGGAAAUAGCUUUUCUUCUCCUUCAGAAAUGCAACUCAGCGGUAGACUGGCAGCUACGUAGUUAACUAGUUGUGCCAAAGGGUUUGGUUGAUAUGCACUGAAGUGUAUGCAGGUCCCAACAGCAAAGGUUUGAGUCUGUAGACAUGACACUAAGUACAGAUGUGGUUUGAUGUUUGCCAGUAGGCUAAAACUCAUUCCUGUCUGCUCAUACGCUCUCAAUAAGCACUAAGAUUUAAUGACUGGUUUCAUCUGCUUUUUAUAUAGUAACAUCCUUCUUAUGUUUUAGAUAUGUUGUAGUUUAAUUAACACUAAGUUACUACUAAAGGAGUAAGAUGACAGGGCUUGCAUGAGUUUAGGCUUUGCAUGUGAAAAUACCCCCAGAUAAUUUCACGUGUGCAUUUAAUGUUUUUAAAGGGGAAAAACCAGGAAGGUGAAAUCUUUCUGUAAGAUACAGCCCUAGAUAGUUAAGCAAGCAGGAUUCAUUCCUUUGCUUGAUAACAAAGUUUGGACAUACAGAAAAGUUCAGUAUUUUUAUUGCAUUCUUAAAGGCGAUUUUUCAGAUCUGUGCUUCAGCAGUUGAAAUUGAAAAAACAAAUAGACAUCCUUAUUUUUACUUUAAAAUCUUACACGUCGAUUACCUAGUGCAACUAAACUCCCCCA